AUGGCGGCGAUUCGGUUACAAAAACUUCAAGAAAAGUUAAAAUCAGAACACUCUUUUAUUACUAGUGAAAAAGACAAUAUUCAUCAACUGAAUCAACUUAUAAGGCAAAAAGCAGAUCAAUUAUGCCAACAAUCAUGGAUCACUAAGGAACAUUGGCUCAAUAUUGAACGUAUCUUAUCCGUUGGCAGUGAAUUAACACCAUCGCAAUGUUAUCAUUUAGCUAAUCUACUUGAUGCUUCACAAUUUAUUGAUGGGUAUAAAAGUUUAGGCGUUAACGAGACUAAAUACAGUGAAUUUCUGUAUCAGUUGCGCCAGAAUCCUCGGUUAUGUGCUCGUAUUUUGGCCGGUUGUGAUCGCUUAGGCUAUGACACAUUGCACUUAGCGACGUUACUUUUCCACGUUGUUUUCGCUGAUUGUGUCUACUUCGAAGACGAAAAAAUUGCUUUACAAACAUUAAAAUUCUUAAUUGACUACCAAAUUCUCCCGAAUGAUCAUUUAGAAGUCUACUUUCAAGGUGGUGAUUACGCAUUUACCAUUUUAUUUAAGCAAUUUGUUGCUGGUGUAAAUGCUUCCAAGAUCUAUCUUAAAGCCGCAUUACAAGAAUCGACCAGACAAUUGUUAAUCGAAGAUGAUACUUACAUCGAAUAUGAGCCUGACAAAGUACUAUAUCGUAUGAGUGAGCAAGAGAAAUUAAAAUUAUUCGGUGAACCUGGUACUCCUAAAGCUGAAACAUCAAUGAGUAAUUAUUUGGAUAAUUGCCGCAAACGAUUAGUCCUUAUCUGUAAAACAUUCCUACACAACUUAAAGCAAAGAAUGUACUGCUUUCCUGGUAAUAUUAAAUGGUUAAUGUCUCAUUUAUAUAAUUCUCUCAAAUCCCUCCGCUGCUUGGAACCAAAUCAGAUCAAGUCGAUGCUAAUUGACUUUUUACUAAACUUCUACGUUUGCCCUGCUAUUGUCAACCCUGAACGCUACGGAAUAGUAGGCGAUGCAAGUAUAAGUGAUAUAGCACGCUUUAACAUGUCACAAGUAGCUAAAGUUAUGCGCUUUUUAUCCUUUGCUGAUUGUGGUAAGAAACCUCCUUUACACGAUAACAUUUAUAACUACUUCGAACUGGUAUGUACGACAAUGGAAACAUAA